UUAACCGUUCCCAACGGCUGCCUGAUGUGUCUGACAGUGCGGAAACACUCAGGAAGCUUGAUGCACUGUAAUCGUACAGACGGAAUGCCUCGUGGAGACUUCAACAUUUAUUUUGCCAGCAGCAGACGAGGAUAUGUCAGAGCUGAGGAGGCAGUGGGCAUAGUUCUGCUGGUGGUCAUCCUGGCAGCUCUGCUCAUCCUUGGCUGCUGGUACUUCAAGAAGAGGAGUGGUUACAAAAUAAUCAGGAAUCCUAGAUCGGGGUCACCAGGUUACACAGGAGGCCAGUACUCAGAGGCAGGACCUUCAGCAGAUAACAAGAUGGCUCUCACUGACUUCGGCAGCUUCCGACCUGUGGUUCCUAAUGCUCCUCCAGCCUAUGAAAAGAUUUCCUCAGGGCCACUGCCUCCUCCCUAUUCCCCCUGAAGGACUUCUGUAGAUGAUGUACAGAUGUCUGAAGAAGAAAUGAAAAUAAUGGAGAA